AUGCGAGCACGCGUGAAAGUGCCCCCAUGCAGGUACUGCAGUCGGAAGUUCUCUCGAACGGAACAUCUAUUGCGACACGAGCGGACCCAUACUCGUGAAAGACCAUUCCAUUGUUCCUGCGGGCAAAGGUUCUCCAGAGGCGACUUGCUGUUACGGCAUACCAGGAAGGCAGAUGAGACAGAGCACCACGUCGCCUUAUCGAAUAUCCCGCAUUCAAAUGAGCAUGAUGCUCCUUCCCACAGCCCUGCACCCUACAUGGCGUCUGAAAUGCCAACCGAUCAGCCAGAUGAGAGUCAGCAUCGCACAUCCCACGACGCUGACCCAGCAGGGAUCGCCCUAGGGACGGGGAACGUCAAUGAUAACCCACACCAAAUACAACCAGAUCCAGAUGCGAGUCAGUCUUUGCUGCCCUCCGAGAUUCUUGACGACCUCGAUGUCCUUUGGGGAGACUCGGGCCUAGGCCUGGACCCAAGUGCAGCAGCCCUUCCAUUGUGUUCUUUAUCGUUCGCCCACUACGGCAUGAGCGAUCCUUUUCAGUCCUUCCAGGCAGACUCUUUUCCAGCCUUCAACUCGGCCGAGGAUCAACGUGGCCCUGGCCUGAAUGAAGACAUGUCUCGACUUCCUUCACUCCAACCGGAAGAUCAACCGCAGCCUUCGCGAUUCGGUUACGGGUCAAAGCCUUGCAGCCCCCAAAUGACUCGCAGCGACUAUGGCACAAUUUCCAGCAUGAUAAACGAUCAUAGACAUGUCCUGCCGCCAGCAUUCCAUUGGCCUUCGAGACACGCCCUGACCCGCUAUCUGGAAGGUUUCUUCAGUGGGUUUUACGACCAUUUGCCUUUUUUACAUUUGCCUACAUUCUCUUUGGCGUCUUGUCCUCUCAUGUUGAUUUUAGCCAUCCUCGCAAUGGGUGCACAGUUUCGCUUUGAACGGGAAGAAGCAAUUGAACUCUGGAAGAGUGCCAGGGCCUUGAUCGACGACCAUCUACGACGCCGUGCGCAUGAUGUCAAGGCGGUUGCCCAUACACCAUUGCAUGCAUCUCCCUCUCCUUCGCAAACAUUGCUGUCUGAAAAUGUUGACAGAUCGGAUCAAGAAUCUUCGCUGAGCCUGGAAACAAUACAGGCUAUUAUUAUAGUCAUGUCAUUUGCAACGUGGAACCACAAAGCGCUUCUGCGGGAUGCGUUUACUCUGGCAACAGAACUAUCCUUUGCUCUUCGGCAUGGAGAUUUUCUAUCUGAACCCCAACAGCUCAAUGAGAUGAGCUGGAACAAAUGGAUUGAGCGGGAAAGCAAGCGACGCACAGUCCUGGUGUCUUACUUUUUACUUAACCUGCAUUCCGUCACCUAUAAUAUCCCACCGAGUUUGAUGACGAGCGAAAUUCGAUUUCUGCAUAUGCCAUUUCCGGAGGAGCAGUGGCGCGCGGCAAGUAGUGAGGAAUGGAGUCGAAUACAUCGCGAUAACCCCUGGCCAGAAAUAUCUAUCGGCCGUUGCUUCGAUGCAUUGUUUUCGUCCAAUAAAUACUCUCCACCGCACAUCUACCACACUAGCUGGUCUUCAUUUGGGAACAUUACUCUGAUCCAUUGCCUGUUUCAGCAAGUCUACCUGUCGAGGGAGUUUUGCCCUACUUUUGUCCCCCACGAAGACGAAUGCACCCCGUCGACAAAUACUCUAUCCCACACCACGAUAACCAUUCUCGAAACUGCACUACGGCGAUGGCAUUUGACCUGGGAGUCCUUAAAGGAAUCGUCAAACCACCCUAGCUCUCUCAAUGGCGCACUUUCCUUUAAUUCCACCGCAAUCUUUCGACUUGCAUAUACUCGAUUGCAUUUUAACAUCGGUCCGUUUCGCCGUUUGGAAACCCACGAUGCAAUGGUCAUUGCUGAGGCCUUUCGGAUGGCUCCCCGCCCGAUCCGAUCCCCUGAAGUCAACAGGGCCGUACUGCAGAGCAUCCAUUCGCUGAGUAUACUCAUCCGUGAAGGAAUCGAGUUUGUUUCGCGGACACAAACACUCACCUGGUCUAUCGUCCACAGUCUGUGUAAUCUGGAAUGCGCCAUCUUCCUCAGCAAGUGGCUCGAGACAAUACAGGACGUGCAAGACCUCCAUCCACAGGAAAGGCGGCUUGUGGGAACAGUUGAAUCCCUAAUUGCUGAAACCAGGCUCGUUCAUUCCUUGGGGGAAAAUCGAUUGGCCGUCGCGGUGAUCCAGUUGCUGGCCGAGACACUCAAAGGAACGCACGUUUUUGAGCUGGCGGAUUCCUUCUGUAAAAGUCUUCAGCUUUACGCGAGUAUGAUUAGUCUACAUAAGGAUGGCUAG